GCAUCCCUAGGCACAGCUGGCACGUGCAGCAUUCAUGUUUUUUUUUCUUGAUUUUAAUCGCCAGCGGCCGUGUUAUUUAAUUUUUUUGGAGUUAUUAGGCGUCUUGUUUCUGAGUUUAGGGCGCAAGUGCGCAGCGCCCUGUACGUUGUGGUUAGCGGUUUUUGUAAACCAGGAACUUAAAAUUAAGUUAAACGGCAUCUAUCCUACAUACAUAUGUACAUAAGUGUCUUUCGCUUUUAAUGGCACCAGCUUCAAUCCUGGCUUUACGCAGUGCUGCACUGAAGUCAUUCGAUUUCGUUCGCGAAAUCCACAAACGGGCUUUCAGUAAUAAAUUUCUUCUUAUAACCAAUGUGAGCAUUUCACUAGGCCUGAGUACAGCCGGUGAUCUAUUGGAACAACAUUACGAAAUUUAUCGCGGCGAUAUAAAAGAAUGGGACCAGAGGCGCACAGCCAACAUGGGCAUUUCCGGGAUGGGCGUUGGCGCCAUUUGUCAUUAUUGGUACAAGUUUCUCGAUAGUCGAAUGCCAGGACGUACAAUUGGAAUUGUAAUGAAGAAAAUUGUGUUAGAUCAAUUCAUUUGUUCUCCUCUCUACAUUUCGGCAUUCUUUCUGACAAUGGGCGCAUUGGAAGACAAAUCGUUGAAGGAGACGUGGCAGGAAAUGAAGGAUAAAGCAUGGAAAUUAUAUGCUGCUGAAUGGAUGGUAUGGCCACCCGCACAAUUCAUUAACUUCUAUUGCCUACCAACACGAUACCGGGUGGUAUAUGACAACGUUAUUAGCCUGGGCUAUGACGUGUAUACAUCACAGGUAAAACAUAACGACUAAGCUACACUUCACCACCCUGCGCGCACAAGUGAACAUUUUUGGGGUGCUAUAUGAAUUUUGGAGUAAUUGCGCACAUUUCCACAAAUGUAUUGUAUAAACUUUAACUAUAAAAGCUAAUGAGGGAUAGGUAUACUUUUACCGUGUGCUGUAAAAAUUCUCAGUGAAUAUAUAUAGUUCUUUUGUAUAGUACGUACAUAAGUAUGAUUAUCCAAUAAAAGAUAAUGAAAUUGCUCGCAAA